AUGGCAAAACGCAAAUAUGGGAAAAAAACAAAUAUGGGAAAAACGCAAAUAUGGCAAAAUCGCAAAUAUGGCAAAAUCGCAAAUAUGGCAAAAAUGCAAAUAUGGCACAAUCGCAAAAAUGGCAAAAUCGCAAAAAUGGCAAAAAAGGCAAAUAUGGCAAAAACGCAAAUAUGGCAAAAAGACAAAUAUGGCAAAAACGCAAAUAUGGCAAAGAAGCAAAUAUGGCUAAAAGGCAAAUAUGGCAAAAAUGCGAAAAUGGUAAAAACGCAACUAUGGGAAAAACGCAAAUAUGGGAAAAACGCAAAUAUGGCAAAAACGCAAACAUGGCAAAAACGAAAAUAUGGCAAAAACGCAAUUAUGGGAAAACGUAAACAUGGGAAAAUCGCAAAUAUGCGAAAAUCGCAAAUAUGGGAAAAACGCAAAUAUGGGAAAAACGCAAAUAUGGGAAAAACGCAAAUAUGGGAAAAAACGCAAAUAUGGGAAGAACGCAAAUAUGGGAAAUAA